AUGGACGAAAGCGAGUUUCGUUGCUUGCUAGAGCGCUACCCGGUGGUGCGCAAAAAGACACACUGCCGCGUGCAAUGGAAUGACAUGUACGAUGAAGAGCCAACAAAGCCUGUGAGUUCCGGUAUUUUUAUUUCUGCUGGAAGUGAUUGCGACAUCAAUCCAUUGGACUCGGUCGAAGACGCGUUGGAAAAGUUUCUGGCGCCGUAUUUCUCGUCGCAAGAGGCAGCGAAGAUCCAGCAACAGCUUGAAAAGACCCAGAGAGAUUUCGUCGCGAGUUUGUGUUUGGAGGAUGUGAAUGAUCUGUGCGCACAGUUUAUCACGACUAAGUGA